AUGUCCAAGGUCCAGCGAUCUAUCAAACUGGAAGAUGAGGAGUAUGACAAUUUUCAUUCUACCCCUGAUAUGAACAGUGCUAAAUUCUCAUCACCAUGCAAAAUAGAAAUGAUAGACAACGCUGUGGUGACAUCACCUUUCCAUCUUCUCGAUCAUGGCUACGGCAGAACUCCUCAAAGCCAACCACAAAGACAAAUGUCCAACGCUCGCACGCAGGCUGUCAAAAGAAAGUUAAAUAUGGAGACAUCGGGUGACGAAGAAAUGGGUUUCAAAACACCAAAAUCAAGGAAAAAGAAUAAUUCUUUAGUGAGAACACCUAGAGGUCCAACUCGUUAUGAUACUUCUUUAGGUCUUCUCACAAAAAAAUUUGUUAAUUUGUUACAAAGGUCUCCUAGAGGCAUUGUUGACUUAAAUUAUGCUUCUCAACAUUUAGAUGUUCAGAAGCGGCGGAUAUAUGAUAUUACAAAUGUUCUAGAAGGUGUAGGUAUACUUGAGAAGCGUUCCAAAAAUAAUAUACAAUGGAGGGGAGGGAGUUUCACCGAACCUCAUACCGAUGUUCAAAAUGAAAUAGAAAAAUUAGAGCAAGAAGAGAAAGAUUUGGACGAUCUUCUUAAAAAAGCAGAGAUGGAUUUACAAACACUGCUGAAAGACAAUCAGUAUGCUUAUGUAAGCUAUCAAGACCUGAGGAGCAUUAAAAAUUAUAGUACGCAAACUGUGAUGGUUAUCAAAGCCCCUCCUGACACUCAUCUCGAAGUACCUACUCCCACUUCUAACUCAAGGGUUGAGAUGGUCCUUAAAACGGAAAGAGGUGAAAUAGAAGUUUUCUUAUGUCCUGAUAUAAAGAAUUCCAAAGAAGAAAGAAGUGAUUCUGACAGUAUAUCAACACCCUCUACCUCUAGAGAUUUUAAUCCUACUCUUGCAAAUUCACCUGAGAAAUGUAAAGUAAAGAUGGAAAAAGAUGCUUCUAAUGCUUUACUAUCCACCGCAGAUGAAUUUCAACCAUACCCGUUUCAAACAACUGAAGAUCAGCAUAGUUCUGAACCAGACCUUGAUAGUUCUCUGUGUGAAGAUGAUGAGCUUUUCUUACGCUUUGAACCUCCAAUAUCAAGCUCAGAUUACCUCUACGGUCUUGAACCUGAUGAGGGUUUAGGAGAUCUCUUUGGCUUAAAUUCCUCAUUUAUUUGA